AUGUCUCUUACUCUCUCGACAAAAACAUCACCAUUUCCAUUUGCAGCAGUUGCAGUUGCAACAUACACUCAAAAAGCCGAACUCAUUUUCGACGAAUCUGCAACCGAUGCUGUUCUGGAUAUCAACGGGACGCAGUUAACCACCGAAGAGGAGAUCGUGCAUAGUCUCUCGAAGGCUGGGGAACUGUCUGGAGAUAGCGUCAAGACAGCGUCGUAUUUUACACUAGCUAAAAGUCUAAUUACAGUAACUGCGUUUCCAGAUAUCGUUGCCGCCUUCGAUUCUCUAGACAAUCAUCUUGCGUAUCGCACUUUUUUGGUCGGACAUGAUAUUACUGCUGCAGAUUGGAUCGUAUGGGGCGCAGUGAAAGGAAACAUCAAAGCCAUCGGACUCCUGAAAAACAACCAGCAUGCUCAUCUUCUUCGCUGGUUUUCUUAUCUCGAGAGUCUUGAAUCCACACAACUUGCUCUCGCUAGUCUUGCAGACGCUAAAUCAAGUAAAGCUCGUUCGAACAAAACCGCUGCCGGUUUUUCUCUUGGUCUUCAAAACGCCAAGCAAGGCCAGGUAGUCACCCGUUUCCCGCCCGAGCCCAGUGGUUAUUUACACAUCGGACACGCAAAAGCUGCCAUGCUUAAUCAGUACUUUGCGAAGAUGUAUAAAGGAAAAAUGAUUAUUCGUUUUGACGAUACUAAUCCAACGAAGGAGAGGAGCGAGUUCGAAGAAACAAUUUUGGAGGACCUGCAUCUCCUUGAUAUUCACGGAGAUCAAGUCUCACAUACCUCGGAUUAUUUCGAUGAGUUAUAUGAGCUUGCAUUGAAACUCAUCAAGUUGGGCAAAGCAUACGCAGACGACACUGAACAACUCCAGAUGCGAGAGGAGAGAUGGAAAGGCAUUGCCUCUGCUCAUCGCGAUGAUUCUGUCGAAGACAACCUUAAGCACUUCGCCGAGAUGAAAGCUGGAAGUGAUGAAGGCCUGAGGUGGUGCAUCCGAGCCAAGAUGAGCGUCGAUAACCCAAAUAAAGCGCUGCGUGAUCCGGUCAUAUACCGGUGUAAUGUGCUUAACCACCAUAGGACAGGUGACAAGUGGAAGAUAUACCCUACAUACGAUUUUGCUUGCCCGAUAGUGGACUCCAUCGAGGGUGUAACUCAUGCUUUAAGGACUAACGAAUACCGGGACCGUAACCCCCAAUAUUCCUGGAUGAUUGAGUCCUUAGGUUUACGCCCAGUUAACAUUUGGGACUUCAGUCGCCUGAACUUCAUCUAUACCCUUUUAUCCAAGCGCAAACUUCAUUGGUUUGUUGACAGCGGGUUAGUGAAGGGAUGGGAUGACCCUCGUUUCCCUACUGUCAGGGGUAUUCGUCGACGUGGCCUUACAGUGGAGGCACUGUCACAAUUCAUGUUAUCACAGGGACCCUCGCAAGCAAUCGUCUCUCUGGAAUGGGACUCCAUCUGGGCGCUGAACAAAAAAGUCAUCGAUCCCAUUGCGCCACGAUUUUGGGCUGUAGCGAAGGAGAAGAGUGUUCCAGUAACCAUCAACGAUGGCCCUGCAACUGCCGAGGUAAAGGUGCUUCCUAAACAUAAGAAGAACCCAGAAGUUGGCGAGAAGAAGACUGUAUAUACGUCUACGAUAUUACUCGAGCAGGAAGACGCGGCUUCCUUCGAAGACCAGGAGGAGGUUACUCUCAUGGACUGGGGUAAUGCUAUUGUCCGCUCGAAAACUACUGGACCUUCGGGAGAAAUCACUUCUCUCACCAUGGACCUCAACCUCGAAGGUGACUUCCGCAAAACGAAGAAGAAAAUAACCUGGUUAGCCCAACCCAGUGAAUCCUACCCAUUGAUCGAUGUCACGCUCCUCGACUAUGAUUAUCUUAUCACAAAGAAGAAGUUGGAGGAGAACGACAACGUAGCCGACUUUGUGACUCCUAUGACUGAGUUCAAAGAGGAGGCAUUGGCUGAUGCCAACGUAAACGACCUGAAAAAGGGGGAUAUCAUUCAGUUCGAGAGGAAAGGCUACUUCAUAUUCGAUGGUAAUGGUGAAGACGGCAAGUUAGAGUUUAUCCGUAUUCCCGACGGCCGGGCAGCGAACUUGGCAAGCAAGGCUGGCAAACCUGGUGUAGUAGUAGUCCCAAAUCCUUCCGUGGAUAGUGCUUCGUCGACCAAAGCGAACAAUACCCCGGUAUCCACCAAGAUGUACAACGUUGCGAAGAUAUAUGGGGAUGAUGCCGUUAAACCGGAUGCCAGUUCGAAGAUUAGACUGAACAAAGAAUUUCCGAGGCCAGAGCUGGACGGUGAUUAAUAAUUGAUUAAUACCAUUGACAUCGUUAUCAUGAGAUGUGCGAGGUAGCUGCACAAACAUGAGUUUGUUACGUGCUACAAAUGAUAUAGCAGUUUGCAUCAUUGAA